AAUUGAGCCCAAAGUUGUGAUCCAAUGAACGAUAAAGCUCUCACGAGGUUCAAGCUUCCCACUAGCUCAGAUCGUGGGGAAACCAGAGUAGACAAAAGCUCUGUUUACCUUGUUGAUGUCCGUAGCUUUGGUGCUCGAGCUAAUGACCACAGAGACCACACCAAGGCCUUUGUAGCAGCAUGGGACAAGGCAUGUAAAUCAUCUUCAAGCUCUGUUCAUUUUCUAAUCCCAAGAGGUGAAUUCUCUGUUGGUCCUCUCAGAUUCUCUGGUCCUUGUACUAAUGUAUCCAAUCUCACUGUCCGAGUUAAGGGUCAUCUCAAGGCAUCAACUGAUCUAUCAAAGUAUAGAUCAGGCGGUGGUUGGAUUGAGUUUAGAUGGAUCAAUGGCUUAACUCUUACCGGAGGUGGAACAUUUGACGGUCAAGGCGCCUUAGCUUGGCCGUUUAAUAACUGUACUUCUGAUUCUAACUGCAAACUCCUCCCAACAAGCUUAAAGUUUGUGGGGAUGAACAGAACAGUUGUAAGAAGGAUAAGCUCAGUGAAUAGCAAGUUCUUUCAUAUAGCAUUAGUAGAGUGCAGAGACUUUAAAGGCACAAGACUCAACAUCACUGCUCCUUAUGAUAGUCCAAAUACAGAUGGUAUUCAUAUCGAACGCAGCUCGAAUGUGUAUUUCUCGCGUUCACAUAUCGCAACUGGAGAUGAUUGUGUCUCUAUAGGACAAGGAAAUUCUCAGAUCACAAUCACAAGUAUCAAAUGUGGACCAGGACAUGGUAUCAGUGUUGGAAGUUUAGGAAGAUAUCCAAAUGAGAAAGAUGUUAAAGGACUGGUGGUGAAGGAUUGCAAGAUUAGCGGUACGACGAAUGGGAUAAGGAUCAAAACUUGGGCUAAUUCUCCUGGUCUAAGUGCUGCUACCAACAUGACUUUUGAGAAUAUUAUUAUGAAAAAUGUGACUAAUCCAAUCAUCAUUGAUCAGUCUUAUUGUCCUUUCUCUUCUUGCAUUUCAAAUGUACCUUCGAAGGUGGAGCUGAGUGAGAUAUACUUCAAGAAUAUAAGAGGGACAUCAUCUUCACGAGUCGCGGUGCAGCUGCAUUGUAGCAGAGGAAUGCCAUGUAAAAAAGUGUACUUAGAGAAUGUUCAUCUUGAUCUUUCUUCUUCUGAUGGAGGAAGAAAACAGAGCAGAAACAGAGGAAAUGAAGCUGUCUCUUCUUCUUGUAGAAACGUUAGAGCUAAUUACAUUGGAACUCAAAUCCCACCUCCAUAACCUGAAGGGAAAUUAUCAACAGAAGAGAGAUGUCACAACUACUCGUGGAGGUUAAGAGUGUCUCUCUACGUCACUCUCCUCUUAGCUGGAGAGACAAUAGCCACUCUCUUAGGUAGACUUUACUACGACAAAGGCGGUAAAAGCACAUGGCUCGAGACCUUGGUUCAGCUUGUAGGGUUUCCUCUAACCCUUCCUUGCUAUUAUUACAUAAAGCCUGAGCCUUCCAAGAACAAAAACAUAACCAAAAAAGCUACUCCUUCCUUCUUGACACUGUCUUUAGUGUAUAUUGGACUUGGCUUGCUUGUUGCUGGACACAGUGUUAUGUACUCCUUUGGAUUACUCUACCUUCCUGUCUCAACUUUCUCUUUGAUCUCCGCGUCGCAAUUGGCUUUUAAUGCCGUCUUCUCUUACUUCCUAAACUCACAAAAAAUCACACCAUUUAUACUCAAUUCACUUGUUCUCUUAACCAUAUCUUCAACACUUCUUGUUAUCCAACAUGAGCCUGAAUCUAAUUCUUCUUCCUCUAAGUCCAACUAUGUGAUUGGAUAUAUCUGCGCGAUCGGUGGCUCAGCUGGUUAUUCUUUGGUGCUUUCUUUAACAGAUUACGCGUUCGAAAAGAUCCUAAAGAAAUACACUUUUAAGGCGAUUUUAGAUAUGGCUACAUAUCCGUCUUUGGUAGCUACUUGUGUUGUUGUGGUUGGACUAUUUGGAAGUGGUGGGUGGAAAAUGUUGAGUACAGAAAUGCAAGAGUUUAAACUUGGGAAAAACUCUUAUGUUUUGAUAACAAUUGGUUCAACGAUAUCAUGGCAAGCUUUUUCGAUUGGUAGUGUUGGUUUGAUUCUUGAAGUUUCAUCGCUUUUUUCGAAUGUCAUAAGCACUAUAUGUUUACCCGUGGUUCCUGUUCUCGCUGUUGUGUUCUUCCGCGAUGAGAUGAGCGGAAUCAAGUUGAUUGCAAUGUUUUUGGCCAUAUGGGGAUUUGUUUCUUAUGCUUACCAGCAUUAUGUCGAUGAUCGAAAACCAGAAGAAGAGCAAGAGCUUCCACAACAUGAAGAAAAAGAAGAAAUGUAAGAAGAUAAUACUCAUGGCCAACCUUAGACAAAGAUCCAAGAAUCAAAGCUUGUAAAUAUGAACCAAUAAACAGUUUUAUAUAGUAGUCACUAGCUAGAAUAAAAUUGGGAAGUUUUU